AUGGCGGUAAUGGUUGAUGCAGUGGACCAGGAGGUGGAGGCGCUGUGGGCGACGGCCGUGGUGGCGGCCUUCCUGCAGAAGAGGUUCCCCGGUCAGAAGACUAACUGGGACCUGGUGGUGAAGAAGGCUCUCAAGUUCAUCGCGCGUCAGAAGAAGAACGUCAAGCUCGCCUCUGAAAGCGAGGAGAUCGACUGGGUGCAGCUCGCCACCGCCUUCCUCCCCUGA